ACCUAUACAACAAUGGCAAUCGCACAGCUGUACACGUAGCCAGUGUUCAUCGCGAGAGUAGUUUUUUUGUUUUCUUUUUUUUUUGUUUUCUUUAUUUUUUAUUUUAUUUUGUUGUGAGAUAAUUGUGCAAUCCAAUUCAAGAAAGUGGGUGAACGAAAGAAAAAUGCGUAAUGUGUUUUACAAUUUCCAACAAGAAGAAGAACAAUCAUUCAUGAGAUAAAGAUGAUCAACGGAUUGAGUGUUGGCGGUGGUCAGCAGCAGGCAGCAGCAAAUACGAAGGCGAAGUCAGGUGGUGCUGCAAUAACAUUGCACUUUGCAUACAACAACAACAACAACAACAAGAGCAACAGCAGCAGUAGCAGGAACAUUCAUAAUCAUAUUACUGGCCAUAAAAUGGACCAUCAAAUGAACAACAAUCCAAAGGAAUCGCUAUCUACGAAGGUGCUCAAAAUAAUAGAAAGCAUUAGAGGAGGGGGAGGAGGAGGAGAAGCAGCAGCAGCAGUGGGUGAAACUGCAACAACUAUAGCAGGGGUAGUGGCAAAAGCAGUAGAAGACGCAACAGGUGGCAUCGCUGGUGGGGGAGUGACAAGCCUCAAGUUGCUGCCAAUGCCAAUACGCCGCACAUCUUUGUUACAACAAGCAGUUUCGAGUACCUCAGCAAACACCAAAGAGAAGGAGCAUCCGCAGCAGAAGAAUGCGAAGCCAUCAGCCGUGGUUUCGCCUUUGUUGCCCUUGACGGCACAGCAACAUCAACCAGGGCCGCAUCAGGGACAGCAGCCGCCACAGCGCACCGAAGACCAGGAGCAUGCUUUUCGACUGAUCGAGGAUGUGCACAACUAUGCCAAGCUGCAGGACUACAGCGAGGACGAUGGGGAAGACCUGCUGGACGAUGACGAGGACAAUGACGAUGACGACGACGAAGAGGAGCAACAGGAGCCAGUGCCGAUGAGAGUGCAGCAGGAGGUAACGCGCAUACAACUGGAGGACACCGAAGAGCAUGUGGAUGUGGUGACAGUGCCGCAGCAGGAACUAGUCCAGCAGCAACUGCAGUUGGAGCAAACAGCAGUCGGUUCGCCCAACAAUGAGACGGAGGACAGAAGGCCAGAGCAUCAUGCCCGGCGGCCGAUGAAUGCAUUUCUCAUCUUCUGCAAACGGCAUCGUGCCAUUGUCAAGGAGCGUUACAAGUCCCUGGAGAAUCGAGCCAUUACCAAAAUACUCGGCGACUGGUGGGCAGCACUCGAUGAACAGGAGAAACACUGCUUCACUGAUUUGGCACAGCAGAACAAAGAUGCCUUUUUCAAUGCCAAUCCCAACUUUAAGUGGUAUAAAUUGCCGGCUCCUCCGCUGCGCACACUGGCCACACGACCCGGCAAUGCAGGGAUCGCUGCAAUCGGCGGCCAACUGACCGAGGAGAACCCCCAGAACACUCAGCAGCCGGUCCAGCUGCAGUGGUCGCGCAACGAGCUGCAUGCGGCACCGAUGACCGCCGCCUCUCUCUCCGCGGCCAAGCUACUGCGUGGAAACUUUUUCAAGCUGGCCGACGAGACGCAGAUGGGGGAGCUGAGCGCUCUGCUGCAGGUGCAGGAGAAGGAGUGUGCCCUGCAGCAGGUCCUGAGCGAAACCAGCCAGUUCCUGAGCACCCAUAUGCCCGGUGGCAACAAACGGCCGAUUCCUCAGGACAGCAACUCGAGUAACUCCAGCGAGGAGGACGUGGCUGGUCUGGGAUCAUCCCCCUGCAAGAAGGUGAAAUCUUCCCGCUCCUGCAAGGGCAAGAUCUACCAGGAGCUAGUAAACUCCGGCCAACUGGCAGCUGUGGCCAAGAAGAGCAAAAUCCGCCUGAAUAGCGGCGGACAAGGAGCCAGUUUUCUUGGAGACGUUACCGCAGAUGCCGUCAGUCCCCACUCUCAAGCAGAGCGCCAUCAGAUGGACAGCCUGGAGGUAGCCACCAGCACGUCGGGCAAACACCCAAGAAGUGUCUCCGAGUCGAGCAGCAGUGGCGGCGGCGGCUUCGACCUGGAGGAGAAGAUUAAAGAACUGACUGCGCUCAGUUUGGACGCCUACUUGCAGCGCAAGCGCAGCACCAAGAAAAAGAAAAAGUUCACAGCUGGCAAGAAGCAGCGCAAUUCGAACAGCGCCAGUGCUGGGGGAGGAGGUGCAGUAUCCGGGGGAGGAGGAGGACCAGCAACAAGUGCAGCUGUCGCAGGGAAGGCAGAGGCAAACGAACUUGUCCGGAAGGAGGCACAACGGCAGGCAGCCGCCGUGGGCAGUCAGAAGCGCAAGGCUCGCAAGGAGAGCAUCACACGCCGCGACGUUAGCGCCAUUGAGCAGGAGGUGGCGUCCAUUCUACCGUUGACCAUCAACGGGUGCUAUUACUUCGAUCAGGCCGCCUCCCCCGAUGUGGGAGCGAAGGCAGCAAACAACUCUUCCUUGGCCCUGUCCACCACCACCUCCCCCUCAUCAUCGUCCUCGUCCUCUGCGUCGCCGCCACUCUCCUCGGCCUCAUCGUCGUCGUCGUCAUCGUCGUCGUCAUCGCAGGCAGCUUUCGAUGUGACCUCUACCUCAGAUUUACUCAUUCUGGCCGAAGUAGCCGCCAACCGCACUGAGCUGACCAAGUCCAACUAACAGGGGACUCGGAUGAUGCCGCCUCCGAGCACCAUCACGAAUCAUGCCACUCUAGCAGAACGAAACAUCAGCACCAGC